GCAGGUUAGCAUAUUAAUUAUUAACACAGUUUCACUAUGGAAGUGGGUGAAAUACCACUUCGACAAUUGACACCAGCUGAUUUUUUUGAUGACGAAGGCACUCCGACUAAAACCACUGUUGAGCAACAAAGAGUAGAAGAAAGCGUUUUGAGAAAAUUGAAGGAUUUUGAAGAUUUUUCUGAUCUUGAACCAGGAAUUCAUUUAAAAAGAGAUGAUCAUCUUCCAUAUUUGCUGAAAGGCUUGGAAAGAUUAUCUGAAGGAUAUGAGUGUUUGGAUGCAAGUCAACCAUGGUUAUGCUACUGGAUAGUUCACAGUUUAUCCUUACUGGGACAUGAGCUGUCUGAACAACAAAAAAGCAGUGUUGUCAAGUUUCUUGAAAAGUGUCAGAGCCCAACCGGUGGCUACGGAGGUGGCCCAGAGCAAUUUGCACAUCUCGCACCAACUUACGCUGCCGUCAAUUGUCUUUGUAUUAUUGCAACAGAUGACGCAUAUGAAAGUAUUAAUAGGGAGAAGCUUCUGUAUUUUCUGUUCCAAAUGAGACAAAAUGAUGGGAGCUUCACAAUGCAUGAAGGUGGAGAAAGUGAUACAAGAAGUUUAUAUUGUGCUAUAUCUGUUGCAUCUUUAACGGGCCUCGAUGAAAUAGCUGGAGAAAGCUUGUUUGCUGGAUCACCACAGUACAUUGUUAGUUGCCAAACAUAUGAAGGGGGAAUAGGAGGAUGUCCUGGUGCUGAAGCUCAUGGAGGUUACACAUUUUGUGGAUAUGCCGGUCUUGUUAUACUUGGCCACGAAAAAUUAAUCGAUACUGAUAGAAUGUUGAGAUGGCUCGUUAAUAAACAAAUGAGAUUAGAAGGAGGAUUUCAGGGUCGUACAAAUAAACUAGUCGAUGGUUGCUACUCAUUCUGGCAAGGAGGAGUCUUCCCUUUGAUUCAAAAUACUUUAUUAGCAGAAGGAUGCAAAUCAUUGUGUAAACACAAUUGGUUAUUCAAUCAACAAGCUCUUCAAGAAUAUUUGUUGAUAAGUUGUCAGAGUAGAUUUGGUGGCCUAAUUGACAAGCCUGGAAAAUCUCCAGAUUACUAUCAUACAUGUUAUUGUUUGAGUGGUUUAACAAUUGCACAACACCCUCCUGAUUUAUCAAAUUUAAUUAUCGGUGAACAUGCAAAUAAUUUGGUGCCGACACAUCCAGCAUAUAACAUAGAGUGGGAGUAUGUCACAAAAGCAAAUGAAUAUUUCACCAAACGACCAUUAAAGUUAUCGGAUGAAAUGCAGAAAACAAAGAAAUGAUAUUUUAAAUCAAUCAUGUCUUCUUCCCAGACUGCUGCUUGUGGUUCACCAUAUCAUAUACUGUUCUAUUAAAUCAAUUCUAAUUAUGAAAUAAAAUUUACAAACAAAUUAGGAUUAGAAAA